AUGGGUUUGCAGCCGUAUUUUGGUCUUCGGGGCAAUGCCCUUCUUCGCGCCGCAGUCUGGCUGGUCGUGUGUCCAACAUUUGCUUGCUAUGGAUACAACAUGAGUGUCGCCGGCGGCCUGUUGACCCUCGAGACUUUCAACAAUCAGUUCCCCAGAAUCGAUACAAUCCAUACCACCGGCGCUGAGAACAGCGACAAUUCUCAAAUUCAAGGCACUGUCAUUGCCCUCUAUAGUGUCGGUGGUAUCUUCGGUUCCCUGUCAUGCAUUUACCUCGGUGAUCUCUGGGGCCGACGCAAGGUUAUUUUUAUUACCAACCUCAUUGCGAUUAUCGGUGCUAUUCUCAUGGCCACAUCGUUCCAAUUCGCCCAGUUCAUUGUCGCGCGAUUGGUGCUCGGCUUGGGUAUUGGUGGAUGUAUCGCGACUGUCCCCGUCUGGCAGUCUGAGAUCUCACCCCCAGAUAAGCGAGGAUCCAGCGUCGUCACGGAUGGUAUCUUCCUUGGCGCGGGUGUCACUGUAGCCCUCUGGAUCGAGUUGGGUUUCUUCUUCGUCAAGGAUAACUCCGUCUCAUGGCGAUUCCCUCUUGCCUUCCAAAUCCUCAUGUCCGCCACUGCGCUUAUUUUCAUUACUGUGCUGCCCGAAUCUCCUCGCUGGCUCAUCAAGACCGGCCAGGUGGAAGAAGGACGCAAAGUGCUCGCGGUGUUACUCGAUACCGACGAGAAUUCGGACACCGUCAAUGAAAGUGUCGAGAGCAUCCAGAAUUCGCUUUCCGGUACCUCGGGCUCGUGGACGAGAUUGUUCAAAAACGGCAAAAAGCGAAUCUUUCACCGCGCAUACCUGGCUGCUACGGGCCAGAUGUUCCAGCAGAUGUGCGGUGUGAAUCUGAUCACCUACUACGCAACGGUCAUCUUCGAGGAGUACCUUGGAAUGACCCCUGUGAAAUCUCGCAUUCUCUCCGCUGCGAUGACUCUCAUGCAAUGUCUUGGUGGCUACCUCGCAUAUUACACCAUCGACCGUCUCGGUCGCCGGCCUCUGAUGCUGUGGAGUGCUGGAGCCAUGACGAUCUGUAUGGCAGGUCUUGCUGGCACGACCUCCCCUGCCGCAGCCGACAACACAGGUGCUCUUGUCAUGGCUGUUAUCUUCCUAUACUUCUUCCAAUUUAUCUUCACUGUCGGCUUCUCUGGUUUGACAUUCCUCUACGCCGCGGAAAUGGCCCCUCUCGAGGUCCGCGCUGCAGUGAACGCAAUCUCCACCGCCACUGUCUGGAGUUUCACCUUUUUGAUUGCGCAGGUGACGCCUGUCGGCUUCGCAAGCAUUGGAAACCGUUACUAUAUUGUUUUCGCCGUCAUCAACGCCGUCAUCGUGCCCAGUGUGUAUUUCUUCUUCCCCGAGACCAAAGGUCGGUCCUUGGAGGAAAUCGACGAGAUUUUCGCGCAAUCGAAGACCAUCUUCGAUCCCCCUCGUGUGGCUCGAGCCAUGCAAAGGCGCGGUGCGAAUCACUCGGGCUCCUAUGGCGGUAGCAAUACUGGCUCUGAUGAAGAAGUUGUCCAAGAAGUCAAGGUAUAA